UUUUUCUAUAGGCGAAUAAUUGACUUGCAGCGUGUAUCGCAGGAAAUCAUUGUUUUAUUUAAUAUUCAUUUGUACAUAUCUAUUUUGCAUUAUUUCGAUUUUGAAUACAAAAUGUUAUUCUAAUUAAACCAACCCGACGUAUAUCAGUUAAAUAUGAGCACAUUUUGACAUUUUCGUCGGCACUGGCGGUAUUUUUGCAACUUUUGAAAUUGUGAUUGUGUCAGUUGAUCGACUGUAUCUUAAAAACCUGUUCUUUGAUUUUAUUAAAACUUAGUUAGGAACUGUCUAAUAUUUUAGAGUUGAAUUAUGCAAAAUUUCAUGAAUAUUAAAAAACAACAACAUUUUUUAAGAAAUAUAUAGGCCUACAGUUGAUUUGGCCAAGUUUCUGCAUCAAACACAUUGUAAUUUUGCAGACGAACAUGUUAUUGAAAAUUUUGUAGACGCCUGACGCACAUGCGUAUACUAUUAAAGAGUGAAGGUUAAAUAUAAAAUCGUCAAUCGUUUUUUCCUGAAAUUUAAUAGAAUUAUAUCGCGGGAUUUAGGUGGCAUGUAGGCCUACACAGGAAACGCGUGUAGAGCUUCUAUUAUGUAAUAGAUUUGCUUCAAACUUUCAGUAUCAAUAAAGAAUAGAUACAGCUAGAAUAUCAGGGCAUUUUCAUUCAGAUAUUAACAUUAUUUUAAACAAAAUUACAUAAAAACGGCCGAUUUCCAGUAAAAUUACCGGUUAAAUUUCAUACAGCGCGAUUGUAAAUUGCUAGUAUACUUUAAAAGUAAAUAAAUUGAAAUUAACGCGAACAAUAAAUUUUGACUUUUAGCUAGAAAAGGAAACAAACAGAAUAGAAAAAUCUUUAAUAAUAAAAAAAUGCCAUCAAUUUAAAAGCAUACAGUAAAUCAGAAUGGUUAACCAUAAGGCGAACAGUAAAGUACAUAGAGGAACAUAUUUAUCGAUAUGACAUAUAGGCGUGGCGUGUAAUCUAAAAAUAAACCUGUGUGUAUGGAAAAGUAUCGGACAUUAUGGUAGACGGAGUUUAUAAGGUUCAGUGGGGAAGGAAGGACGAGGUUGACACAGCGGUGGUGAUCGCAGCGGGCAGUGAGAAGGAGAUGAAGGCAGAAUGCAAGAAGUUACAACGCGAGCCUGUCGCACAUACCGCAACAUCCGUUGCAACAUCCGUUGCUACGACGAAAACAAAGACUCCAAAGCCGAGACAGCCCGCCAGUGUGAUACGGGUUGUAUCUCCACCUGGGUUUUACCCAGAGACAACUGUAACUGUGAGCGGUGGGUCAAUCACAGUGUCGACAUCAUCUCCGGUCAGCGCAGCAACGACAGGGGUACAGGCCGUUACUACAUCCGCCGUGACAACAGCCAUGUCUUCAUCAGCACUGACGGUUGUACCAGCCAUCUCGUCAUCCGUCGUGAGCACAGAAAUAUCGACGCAAGCAGCAUCGCCGACGUCAGUCGAACCUGCCGUGGAUGCUGUGCCUUCAGGCGACACUCCAACAACAUCACGUCCUGGAUUCAUAAGCAGAACAGGCCGUCCAACGGGAUUUGGACCACUCCAGAGCAACUUGUUGGCAUUGGAGGCAUCCGUUAGGUCUAUGGCAGCGGAACAGAUUAACUUACGAAAGCUUUUCGAAGCCGAGAGACGCGAACGAAGGGAGAUGGAGGGGGAAGUAAAAGUAAUGAGGGCUCUGCUAGAGAGCAUCGCGUGUAAGCUGGAAGAUAUGAAUAUCAACAACAACACCGUUAGGCCUACAAGCACCGACGAUCAGGAAGUGCCAGCUCAACACCAUAUUCCAAUUGAGGACCUUCGAGACCUUCACAAGGCGUCAUCUGGACCUGGGAACAUGGCGGCACAUCUAGUGCAGCGUCUCUAUCCAGAACUUUUUGGAGUGACGAACUUACGAUAUAUGUACAGUUGGAAUGGCGGGGGAAAUCUAAAUAAGAAAGAGCUGUGCGAGGAAAGGAAGGUUGUUGUGCAGCAGUAUGUGUGUACGUUCUAUCCGGAGGUGAAAGACCAAAGACUGUGGAAGGAUGUUGUAGUUCCUAAGGUUAACGAACUUUUACGCCGUGUGAGCAGACAAGAACGUAAACAGAAAAAGCAGUCAACGACGUGCAAUCAAGAACAAAGUCCAGCACUCAGCAUGCCAGAUAUAAACUUUUCGUACGUGUCCGACGACUUUGUGUCAUAUAUGAACCUGUGAGAAAUAUGAGACUUUCGAAAGAAACAGCAUUGUACAAAGUUGCGUUUAAAUGAAUCUGUGUUCUUCUUAAUGUAUAUACAUGUCGUUUUUUAUCCAAAAAAUAACUAAAUAG